AUGUAUGCAACGGUUGGAAAUAACGACAUUUCAUUAACUAUUAAUGACUAUGUAAAUAAAAAUUCUUCAACUUAUCAAUUAAGUGAUAUUAGCAAUGAAACGAGAAUAAGCGAAAUUAUUAAUAAAAUAAAAGCAAAGAAAAAUUAUACACAUGAUACAUCUUCACUAGUAUUAUAUUUUGCGAGAGUUGAAUGUAAACUUAACGAAAAGUUAUCAACAUAUAACAAGUCCAAUAGAAAAAAUGUAAAAUUAGAAUUAUAUUUAUCAUCAUUAAUUACCAUCAAUGUAAGAACAAUGCAAUCAUGUGGUUCAGGGACUAGCCGAUGUGUUCCGAUCUGGUCAUUUUGUUGUAGACAAACAAUUAAAAUAAAAAUUCUUGACACUUGUGAAGUUAGAGCAUUAAAACAAAAAAUUUAUGAUAUAACGGAUGAAUCAGCCUCAAUAUCAGUUGAUAAUAUUGUUUUACUAUAUAAAGGUGCACCACUUAACAAUUUUUUAACUCUUAAAGAAUCAGAAAUCGUUAAUAAUUGUAAAGUUGAUUAUUUUGUUCCUAUAUGUUAUAUUUAUAAAGAAAAAGAGAAAAAAAAUAAAGAAAAUGAAGAAAACGAAAAAAAUGAUGAAAAUGAUGGUGAGGUUGUAAAGAAAAAUGAAAAUUAA